GGAUCUCUCGAAGAACGUUUUCACGGGCUCCAUUCCAAACAUCAUCUCUUUGCUUACUAAUCUCAAUCAUUUGGAUCUCUCGAACAAUGCUUUGACGGGCUCCAUUCCCAACAUCAUUUCUUUGCUUACUGCUCUCAACAAUUUGGAUCUCUCGUACAACUCUUUGACGGGCUCUGUUCCCGGCAGCGUCUUCUUGCUUGCUGAUCUCAGUUUUCUGAAUGUGAAUGGGAAUCACCUGAAUGGAACCAUUUCGCCCUUUCUAAGCUUACUCAAGUUGAAGAGCCUCAACGUCACUGGCACAAACCUCACGUGCCCACCUGACAACACCGACUGUGGUACAACACAAAAUGCGAGAACAGCCUUUUGCCAGACGUGUGAAUCCUUUUGUAGGACUUGCGGCAAACCUGCAG